AAAAAAAAAGAAAAGAGAAGAAACUUCAAAAGCAGCAGAGUAAGAAAUGGUCAACAACACCAGCACCUACCUACUCUGUAAACAAAAAAGCUCGACUCUUUUCUUCAAUUUCUUCUUCUUCUUCUUCACUUCUUUGCUUCUCUUCUAAGCCUCUCUCUGUCUGCCUGUCUGUGUUGACUGCCAGUAAUAAUGUGGGAGUGGUGUGGUUGUUGAGAGAGAAUAAAUGCGUUACCACAGGCCCUACACAGUCAUACAAACCAGACAGACUGUUCUUCCUUUCUUUAAUUCACUAAAACGAUUGUGUGAGAGUGAGAGAGGGAAAUCACAUUCACGUGGUCCAUCUUCAGUUUCAGGCAACCAUGGCUACUGAUGAGGGACUACUUCUUUUUGCUUUUUUUAAGAGGGCUAUUAAACUGCCUCACCUGCUCCCUUUCCAGCAAAAGCCAUUGACAGUUUGACACCACUCCCUCCCUCACAAACCCAACUCCCCCAUUUCACCAUUUUCAUUGUCCUGACUCCCAUACUUGCUUUUGUGCUCUCUAUUUCUUCUUUUCAAGAACCCUAAAGACCCAAUACCCAGAUCUUUCUUUGUGAGCUUCCAUUGACGGAGAAAGGGUUAUUGUGUAUGGAUUUCUUUGUGCAUAAUGUGUUCGGAUUCUGAGAUUUUGAAGGCUUUUACAGAGACCCAGUUGAAAAUGGCGCUAUUUGGUCACGAUUCUUGUGGUGGGUAUUUCACGAGGGAGGCCUAGAUGUUCUCCUCUGUUGGAUCUAGGGACCCAUAAUGCCAGACGGGUAAAUCCAAUUUUCGCCAGUUGAUGCAGUGAGCAUGAGAAGGCACCAUCAAUUCUGCAUCUCUGAUGCUUUUCUGCUUCUAUUUACUUGCUUCCUUGGAACCACAAGAGUAGUAUUGCCAGUGACCGAGAAGGAGAUCUUGCUGCAGUUCAAAGGAAACAUCACAAGUGACCCCUAUAAUAGCUUGGCUUCAUGGGCCUUGACUGGGAAUCCUUGCCAAGACUACAGAUAUGUGUUCUGCAACUCCGCUGGCUUUGUGGAAAAAAUCGUUUUGUGGAACACUAGCCUUGGUGGGGUCUUGUCUCCUGCAUUAUCAGGGUUGAAGAAUUUGAGGAUCUUGUCAUUGUUUGGGAAUCGAUUCUCGGGAAAUAUUCCGCAAGAAUUUGAAGGGUUAGAGUUACUGUGGAAGAUCAAUUUGAGUUCUAAUGCAUUAUCAGGUUCCAUUCCAGAGUUCAUCGGGAAUUUGAUUAAUAUUCGUCUUUUAGAUUUAUCUAUGAACGGUUAUAGUGGAGAGAUUCCAUCUGCUUUGUUCAAGCAUUGUUACAGAACCAAGUUCAUAUCUUUCUCACAUAACAGCCUAUCCGGUUCAAUACCCGUGUCAAUGACAAAUUGUGCUAAUCUUGAAGGGUUUGAUUUCUCUUUCAACAAUCUCAGUGGGAUUUUGCCUUCUGGGAUUUGUGAUAUUGAGGUACUGGAUUAUAUUUCUUUGAGGAACAACCAGUUCACAGGUAGUGUGCAAGAAGAGAUACCACAAUGUCAGAGUUUGGAGCAUUUGGAUCUUAGCAGCAAUUUGUUUAGCGGGUUGGCUCCAUUUGGGGUUCUUGGAUUGAAAAACAUGACUUACUUCAAUGUGUCAAGUAAUGGGUUUCAAGGCGAUAUUACUGGGAUUGGGACUUGCAGCGAGAGCCUACAAAUCCUUGAUGCUUCUGUCAAUCAUUUGGAUGGGGAGAUCCCAUUCAGCAUCACAAGCUGUAAAGGCCUUAAGUUACUGGACUUGGGGUUUAACAAGCUGAGUGGGAGUAUUCCUGCAGGAAUUGGGGAGUUGGAGAGGCUAUUGGUGAUUAGAUUGGGCAAUAAUUCAAUUGGGGGAACUAUCCCAGCUGAAUUUGGAGGCAUUGAGGAGCUUCGGGUAUUAGAUUUGCACAAUCUCAAACUUUUUGGCCAAAUUCCUAAAGAUAUAAGCAAUUGCAGAAUUCUUCUUGAGCUGGAUGUUUCUGGUAAUGCAUUAGAUGGAGAUAUGCCUGAUACCCUAUACAACAUGACAUACCUAGAAAUCCUUGACCUGCACAAAAACCAGCUCAAUGGGAGCAUCCCACAGAGUCUAGGAAUGCUAUCCAAGCUUCAAUUACUUGAUUUGUCGCAAAAUUCACUUUCUGGAUCAAUCCCUUCUUCUCUUGGGAAUUUGACAAUGCUAACACAUCUCAAUCUCUCCUAUAAUAAACUCUCUGGUGUCAUUCCUUCCAUUCCAAUAUUCUGGACUUUUGGUGCAUCAGCAUUCUUGGGAAAUCCCGGGCUCUGCGGUGCCCCUUUGGAGACAUUAUGCUCGGCAAAUAAUAAUGGUACGACAUCUGCAUCCCGGAAACCCAAACUUAGUGUUUCUGUUAUUAUAGCCAUUGUUGCUGCAGCACUGAUCUUGAUGGGGGUAUGUGUGGUAACCAUCAUGAAUAUCAAGGCUCGCAGGAGUAAAAGAGAGAACGGUACAAUGGUUGUGGAGAGCACGCCUUUAGCUUCAAGUUCUACAGGUUCGAGUGUUAUCAAAGGGAAGCUUGUUCUUUUCAGCAAAAAUUUGCCCUCUAAGUAUGAAGAUUGGCUGUAUGGUACCAAAGCUUUGCUUGACAAAGAGUGUUUGAUAGGGGGUGGUUCGAUUGGAACUGUCUAUAGAACUAUUUUUGAAGGUGGGAUCUCGAUUGCUGUAAAGAAGCUCGAGACACUGGGAAGGAUCAGAAACCAAGAUGAAUUUGAACAAGAAAUUGGAAGGUUGGGCAAUAUUCACCAUCCCAAUUUGGUUGAGUUUCAAGGCUACUAUUGGUCCUCUACAAUGCAGCUGAUUCUAUCUGAAUUUGUUCCAAAAGGUAACUUAUAUGAUAACCUGCAUGGGCUUGACUAUCCAGGCACCAGUACUGGUAUUGGCAACACUGAGUUACACUGGUCGAGGAGGUUUCAUAUCGCUCUUGGAACAGCAAGAGCACUGUCUUAUCUUCAUCAUGAUUGCAGACCUGCAAUACUACAUCUUAACAUCAAAUCGACGAACAUACUGUUAGAUGAAAACUAUGAACCCAAGUUGUCUGAUUAUGGGUUAGCAAACUUGCUCCCCAUUUUAGACAACUAUGGUUUAACACGAGUCCACAACUCAGUCGGGUAUGUUGCACCAGAAUUGGCUCAAAGUCUGAGACUGAGUGAGAAGUGUGAUGUUUAUAGCUAUGGAGUGAUUCUUUUGGAGCUAGUCACUGGCAGGAAACCAGUGGAGAGUCCAACAGCAAAUGAAGUGGUUGUUUUGUGUGAAUAUGUUAGGCAGUUAUUGGAGAGUGGUUCUGCUUCAGAUUGUUUUGAUAGGAAUUUGAGGGGUUUUGUGGAGAAUGAGCUUAUUCAGGUCAUGAAAUUAGGGUUGAUUUGUACAUCAGAAGUUCCUUCAAGGAGACCAAGCAUGGCUGAGGUGGUUCAAGUUCUUGAGUCCAUCAGAAAUGGCUCAUACUAAUGAAUUGAAAACAGGGUUUAACAAUGGAUUUUGGGGCAAAGUGUAAAAGAAGGUAGUUUAGCUGGAAGGAGAGAUCAACAAGUUUGUGCAGGAGGGCUAGGCAAUUGCUUAGCUACAAAAGCAAAUAGAAAACUCAUUCUUUUGUAUUCAUUUUUCUUCAUUCCUGACAUUUGUAAUUUAUGUGCAAUAAAAUUAUUGGUUUAUGAUGCU